UUCUAUUUCCUUGAGCGAAUGAGAAGAUCUCAACAGAGGUUUCUUCUUGCAGAGAGCUUUCUCGCCAUGUUCGAGUUCUCGAGUGACUCGUCUGGAGGAAUCGCCUGUGAUUUCAAAGGUGAGAUUCGAAGUUUUGUCUUUGUACCUCAGGUCGAUGAUCUCUCAGGAGUCACCAUGCCAGAAGUUCACCUAGAAGUCGAAGACUUCCUGAUCCAAGACCAAGCUGGCGACGAAGACGACGAGGAAGAGAAUCUGACGAAGCUGCGAAAAAAGAAGCGGAUGCAAUCCAACCGCGAGUCCGCCAAGCGCUCGCGCCUCAAGAAGCAAAUCCAGCUUGAGGAGACAACGCAGCUUCUCGAGCAUCUCCGCCAGCAAAACGGGCUCCUCAGGUACAAGGUAAGCCUGGCUGUGAACGAGUAUCGCGAGUUGAUGCUGCGCAACCGUGAGCUGAGAAUGAAUGCCCACAACUUAAGCUACAGGCUCCAGUAUCUCGACCUCGCUGCCUCUUCUCUCAGCAUCAACACUACCACUGCUGCCCCUGUUGCUGCUGUUUCUUCUCCUGCUACUGCUUCUGCUGCUGCUGCUGCUGCUGCUGCUGCUUCUGCUUGGAUUUCAGAAAGAAAACUUUCGAGCAGAGAGUGAUUAGAGACUGAACUUUCUUCGCUCUCUACAGGUGGUACCUCUCUUUUAGUCGGUCUCGGAUCCAUAGAGUUGUGCUCUAAAAGCUUCUUUCCUUUGCUCCUUGCUCCUUGAGGUGGUCGGUCCUAGAACUGCUGUCUGUACCGAGUUCUCUCUCUCAGGUAAUGUCAAGCUUAUCCGGGUACUCCGGGUUUUUUGCUUUC